UGAAAAUUAUACGAGACAAGAUAAGACAGGAUUUCUUUCAUUGUUCUAAAACGGAAGCUCCAGCUCGUGACACCGAACUUGUGAUCCACAUUUCUCCUUCAGACAUCUAGAAAGAAGUGCUUCCCAAACCCAUCUAAUGCAAAACCUGGUUUGAUGGGAUGCCGUUGACUGCACAUGCAAAGAUCGCCCUGUUCAAUUUUUCAUUACUUAUCUCGAGGACAAAAAUCUUUUACUUCGAAAACAAUGUUCUGUUGGAUCAUACUGCUAAGCUGCUCUGCGCAUUUGUUUUGGGCGUGAAACUGAUGGCAUGAACUGGACUGCUUGUACUGGAUAAGAUUUUUUCGAAGGUUUGGAAUUCUUUAGGUUUUUAAUUGAUCAGAAACAAUGGCCAUGGCUUCUUCUGUUAAAGUGGUUCUAGGCUCAAUUGCGUUUGCAAUCUUCUGGGUAUUGGCAGUUUUCCCUGCUGUCCCCUUUCUACCAGUUGGGAGGACUGCAGGGUCCUUACUAGGGGCCAUGCUUAUGGUUUUGUUCAGAGUCAUAACCCCAGAUCAAGCAUAUGAUGCAAUUGAUCUCCCAAUCCUUGGCCUUUUAUUUGGUACUAUGGUUGUCAGUGUCUAUCUUGAAAGAGCAGACAUGUUUAAAUAUCUAGGUAAGUUGCUUGCAUGGAAGAGUAAAGGUGCUAAGGACUUAAUUUGCAGAAUCUGCCUGAUUUCUGCCAUUUCAAGUGCUCUUUUCACCAAUGAUACCUCAUGUGUGGUUUUGACUGAAUUUGUGUUAAAAAUUGCAAGACAACAUAAUCUACCCCCUCAUCCAUUCCUGCUUGCUCUUGCCUCAAGUGCCAAUAUAGGGUCUUCAGCAACUCCAAUUGGGAAUCCUCAAAACCUUGUUAUAGCAGUUCAGAGUAAAAUUUCUUUUGGGGAUUUUGUUAUUGGAAUUCUACCUGCAAUGCUGGUAGGAGUCUUAGUGAAUGCUUUACUUCUCCUGUGCAUGUAUUGGAGGUUGUUAUCUGUUCAGAAGGAUGAAGAAGAUCCAAGUGGGGCGGCUGUAGCUGAAGAGGAUGUGAGUUCUCAUCGGUUUUCACCAGCAACCAUGUCACAUUUUUCUUCAUUGAACCCUCAAGAAUGGAACUCAACAUUGGACUCUAAGAAUGUGAUGAGGUCUCCCAACGCAAAUGGUAGCACAGCUCAUGUUGAGACCCUUAGAAACCGAGGAAAUUCAGCUGAUCAGAAUGAAAUCCAGAGGGUACCUAGUGGUUCAAUUGAUUCUGCAAGGAAUUCAAAUGCAUCAAAGGAGGCCACAACGGAUGACCACUCCCAUGGGAAGGAGGAACCUGUGGCUUUAAAGAUUAUUGCAUUGACGGAUAGCUUGCAAGACGUAUGUUCUGUGCAAUCUUCAGAAGAAAAGGAAAACUUACCCAGAAGGUGGAAAAGGAGGUUUUGGAAAUUCAGUGUUUACUUUGUUACCAUGGGGAUGCUGAUUUCUCUGCUUAUGGGCCUUAAUAUGUCCUGGACUGCAAUUACCGCUGCUCUUGCUCUUAUAGUUCUUGACUUUCAGGAUGCUCGGCCUUGCCUAGAAAAGGUGUCCUAUUCGCUUUUAAUUUUCUUCUGCGGAAUGUUUAUCACAGUCGAUGGCUUCAACCAAAGUGGAAUCCCAUGCACUCUUUGGGACUUGAUGGAACCCUAUGCAAAGAUCAAUCAUGUUUCAGGGAUAGCAAUUCUAGCCAUUGUCAUACUUGGCCUCUCCAAUUUGGCCUCAAAUGUACCGACCGUUCUGUUGCUUGGAGGGCGAGUGGCAGCAUCAGCUGCUGCAAUUUCUGCAUCUGAUGAGAAGAAAGCAUGGCUUAUGUUAGCCUGGGUCAGCACUGUGGCUGGGAACCUUUCACUACUGGGAUCAGCUGCUAACUUGAUAGUGUGUGAGCAAGCUCGUCGUGCUCCACAGCUUGGAUACACUUUGUCCUUCUGGAAACACCUUAAAUUUGGAGUUCCCUCAACGCUUAUAGUUACUGCUAUCGGUUUGACACUCUUUAGAUGAUUAAAUAAAUGUCCUAAAAAGGAGGCUUAUAAGAAAAAACACAAAGAAAAGAAUACAUGGCACUCAUCUUAUAGAGAAGAUCGAGAUUUGCGAGGUUUCCCCAAUUAGGCAUGGCAGCAAAUGUUUGUUUCAAAGCGACUGGUUUUGGUUUAUGUUAAAUGAAAUAAUGCUAUUAGUCUUGAACUGUUGCAUUUGUCA